AUGGCGUCCACUAGCCAAGCUGCAAAAAGGAGCCGUGCCUUAGCGGAACAGUUGAGUUCAAUGAUGGACUUUCUGACGGAAUACCCGGCACUGGCUACCGGGAAGUUUCAAAUGCUUCCCGGGCAGCUUGAAAACGAUCGGAAGUGGGCUGAGUGGGCAGCAAAGCUGAACUCAAUUGGAGGUGCAGUAAAAUCUGUGGACCAAUGGCACACGGUAUGGCGGGACUUGAAAAGCAGGACAAGUGUAAAGGCUCGUGACCGGAAAAGGCAGCAGGCGUUGACCGGUAACAGGCCACUUGACCAGGCGCCUAUGGCGGAGCUUGAAAGGCGCGUGAUAGGUCUAAUUGGCAGCAGCUUUGUAGAGGGUAAUGAUGUUCCCGAGAAUAUACCGACAGAGGAGGAUUUUCAAUUGGCUCUGGAGGAUGGGGACGAAACCGUUUUCAAAUUAUUUAUUCAAGAGCAGGAUGAAGUACGUUGCGAAACCCCCAAAACCUCAACGCCAAAAACGCCACGCAGGUACUCUAAAAAGAAACGGGUCGAAGAGGAUAUCGACCUGCGGAGGAAAUUCUUAGAGAUAGCUGAAAAGCAGGCAGAUGGUCUAAAGAUGCUAGCCGAAUGCAGUUCGGCGAAUACAAGGCUAGCGAACUCUAUGACGGCGGCCACAAAUGCAUUGUCGGGCGCUUGGGGAAG